UUUUUCCCUACGUCCAGGGCUCCAAGCUCAUACUUAACUCCCGCGACACCUUCAGCGGUACGCUCCUUGGGCCUCUCAUUCACACCAUUAGAAACCCGUGUCGGGACGUUUGGCAUUCACAUCCAAUAACCAUUCUUGGAUCCUUGAUCAUAAAUACUUUUAGACGAUGAGAAAAAAACUGGUUCCCAUCGUGACCCGACCUAUCACCAACCACGACGAUGAACCCCUUCCGUACGGACCGUUUUCGCGUCUUGGUUUUUAUCAAGAAAAGACCGGAUAUAACAACAGAGGAGUUCAAUCGGUAUUGGUUGGACGAGCACACAAGGGUGUCCUUAAAGUUUGCCGGUACGAAAGAGACGGUAUUGAAGUACGAGCAGCUACAUGUCAACCAAGAGGAAAAAGCAAGAUUAAAGAAGAUUGGUGAACAGGUGCUCGAUUACGACGGCGUAGUCAUGUUUGACACGGAUUCCUUUGAGAAGUUUGGAGCGCUUUUAAAUGGCGAAGAAUACAUCAAAGAUGUCUUACCAGACGAAGAAAAGUUUGUCACCCGCGAAGAAUGCAUUGUCGUACGAGCAAACAUCGCACCUAUAGUCGACCACGACGAAGACCUCGUUAUGGCUGCCCAGAUGGGAUCCGCAGGGUCGCCAUAUCUCAAACUCCCGACUAAACUUAGAAAGGAUCGUGUGAGGAUGGUCUAUACGUUCGAAGCGAAAGAAGGGGUGGAUUUAUCUCAGGCGUGGCUGCACCGUCAUGCCGAAGUGGUAAAGGCUACUCCUCUUGGUCAGAGCAUCAUCAAGUAUGAACAGUUACAUCUUGCGGAACCUGUCGCUGGGUUUGCUGACAAUCCUAACCUCAAAAUCCCUAGUUGGGAUGGAGUUUCGCUCAUUGACGCACCAUCCUUUAACUUAUUCCACGACCCAGUGUCACAACAAAUGCACGAGGCGGACUUGAAAAAAUGGCUAGUCCCAGGAACGUUGAGUGGGUUACCUAUUGACGUUGCCACCAUCAUCGACACGGACGUUGGCUACGAGGCAAGUUCGGCGCUCGGUAAAUUAUGAGAGUCAUCGCAUUCGGUGAAUUUUGGGUGACCGAAGCAUUAAAUAUGUCACUGUUGUCUAUAAGUAGAGAUCAAUAAUUCUUGUAGACCUCCCA